CGAUCUGAUUCCGUUUUGGUUGCAGAUGAGAUCGCGAAGCUGUUCCCGAAACUUUACGGGCAGCCGUCGGCGAUGCUUGUUCCUACUGGAUCCGCGCCCUCCGAGAUGGCGGGAACUAUCAAGGUCGGAGUCGUUCUCUCUGGCGGCCAGGCCCCCGGUGGUCACAAUGUCAUUUCCGGGAUCUUCGAUUAUCUGCAGGAUAAGGCGAAGGGAAGCACGAUGUACGGAUUCAAGGGAGGGCCCGCGGGGAUCAUGAAAUGCAAAUACGUGGAGCUCACGCCUGAAUUCAUCUAUCCGUACAGGAAUCAGGGUGGAUUUGAUAUGAUAUGCAGUGGAAGGGACAAGAUUGAAACCCCAGAACAGUUUAAGCAAGCUGAAGACACAGCAAAGAAACUUGACCUGGAUGGACUAGUUGUUAUUGGUGGAGAUGACUCGAACACAAAUGCAUGCCUGCUUGCUGAAAACUUCAGGCAAAAAAAUGUCAAAACUCGUGUUAUCGGAUGCCCAAAAACAAUUGAUGGAGAUUUGAAGUGCAAGGAGGUUCCAACAAGUUUUGGUUUUGACACAGCUUGCAAAAUAUAUGCUGAAAUGAUAGGAAAUGUUAUGACAGAUGCUCGGUCAACCGGAAAAUACUAUCACUUUGUUAGGCUUAUGGGGCGCGCUGCUUCUCACAUCACGUUGGAGUGUGCUUUGCAGACCCAUCCAAACAUUACAAUCAUUGGGGAAGAGGUGGCUGCUAAAAAACAAACUCUUAAGAGCGUUACAGACUACAUUACUGAUGUAAUCUGCAAGCGUGCUGAACUUGGAUAUAACUAUGGAGUCAUCCUUAUACCUGAAGGCUUAAUUGAUUUUAUACCAGAGGUAAUGCAUGUGUUUUCAGAACUAAAUGAAAUCCUAGCCCAUGAUAUUGUAGAUGAAGGUGGGUUGUGGAAAAAGAAGCUACGACAACAAUCUCAAGUUCUGUUUGAUUUUCUUCCCCAAGCAAUCCAGGAGCAACUGAUGUUAGAAAGAGACCCACAUGGAAAUGUGCAGGUUGCCAAAAUAGAAACUGAAAAGAUGCUUAUUUCGAUGGCUGAAACUGAGUUGGAGAAAAGGAAGUCAGAGGGAAAAUAUAAAGGACAAUUUAAAGGACAGUCUCACUUUUUUGGUUAUGAAGGAAGAUGUGGUUUGCCUACAAAUUUUGAUUCCACCUAUUGCUAUGCGUUGGGUUAUGCUGCAGGAGCUCUCCUACAUUCUGGAAAGACUGGCCUCAUUUCCUCAGUUGGCAACUUAUGUGCCCCUGUUGAAGAGUGGACUGUUGGAGGCACUGCACUUACUGCAUUAAUGGAUGUUGAGAGGCGUCAUGGUAAAUUCAAGCCAGUGAUCAAGAAGGCUAUGGUCGAGCUUGAAGGUGCACCAUUCAGAAAGUUCGCAUCCAUGCGUGAAGAAUGGGCCGUCAAGAAUAGAUACAUCAGCCCAGGCCCCAUUCAGUUUAUUGGCCCCGGCUCCAAUGAUCUCAACCACACUCUCCUCCUGGAACUCGGUGCUCAGGCUGCAUAGAGAUUUCCUGGUGUGGUUAUUAUUUUUUUAUUUUCUAUUUAAAUUUUCCAUGAGGCAGUAAAAAGAAACCAUGAAUUUGAGGGAGCCACCUUUGCUUGGAAGUGAUGAAUAAAUGUUCUAGGAAGUAAAUGACAUUCUUGUUGUUUAUUUGCUUCAAAUAACUGGUGUGCAACUUAUAAUUACUCAUGGUUUAACGCGUGAGCAAGAGCAUGGUCAAUUUUUUUUGUUUCCGUUCUUGUUUAUCAUGAAUGAGAUUAAUCCCUUGUUCUUGUUUA